UCAGAAACUGAUAUCAUCAACGUUGUGGAGCAAAGAAUAUGGCAUUCCAUGGAAGAAGGACAGUUCGAAAACUUGCCGGGGAAAGGCAAGCCACUUAAGCUAGACAUGAAUCCUCAUGCAGACCCAGCUGAAGAUACGUUGUACAGAAUCCUAUCAAAAAAUGGUUGUGCACCGGAGUGGGUUGAGCUUAACAAAGAAAUAAGAACUAAUAUAUCUGAAUGGAGGGCAGCAUUGAAAAAAGCUUGGAUAAAUAAAUGCAGUGAUAAUCUUAAGUGGGUAGAGAGUUCAGAAGUUUUGAAAACGCAAUUACGUGAUAUCAAUAAUAAGGUUUUUCGAUAUAAUCUCAUCGUCCCUUUUGGUAGGCAAAUGUUUGGCCUUAAUUGGGAGAAAGAGCUUGGGCGUUUAGAAGAAUAAGGACUCUCAGUAUUUUCAGUCUGUUAAGCCUUAAGCAGGUUGAUUGAUUCUCGUGGAAAAUCAAAUUUUGUUUAAUCUUGUUGGACUGUCAUGCCGAGUAACUUAUCAGUUGACUCAAACCGAGUGAAA